AUGGGUCUCGCUCUUUUUGAAAAGCUUCAAGCUAAGCUUGAGCUCUACAGACUCGAACAACGAUAUGCCCGCCGCAAACACCGAAGCACUUUCUCUACAGGCGCCCAAUAUGUCGACGGCGAAUACGUUUACAACACAGGUGCCAACUCGCCCACAAGCACAAUCUCCAAACAAUCAACCGGUAGCUGGUCACGACCAUCUGGCUCGGGAUCUCACGAAUCUCGUUGGCGGUGA